GCCAGCAGGAGGGAAGCAGCAGGAGCUGUGGCAUGCUCAGGAGAGUGGGACCGACCCUGAGUCACUUCUUGCUGGAGAGAAAGAACAGCACUGGAUAUAGCUUGUGCUCCAGAGAGGCAAAAAUGUCAAGGCCAGUGCAAGCUCAGAGGCUGGAGGGACUAGAUAAGAAUAUAUGGGUGGAGUUUGUAAAACUUGCUGCUACCUACUCCAAGGUGAACCUGGGCCAGGGCUUCCCUGACUUCCCUGCACCAGAAUUCCUGACGGAGGCAUUCGUGGGAGCCCUCAGUGGGAAGAACCACAUGCUGCACCAGUACACCCGUGCCUUUGGCCACCCACCUCUGGUGAAGGUACUAGCCCAGUUUUUUGGGAAGCUGCUUGGACGAGACCUGGAUCCUAUGACUAAUGUGAUGGUGACUGUGGGAGCAUACCAGGCCCUUUUCUGCUGCUUCCAGGCUUUUGUGGAUGAAGGUGAUGAGGUGAUAAUCAUUGAGCCUUUCUUUGACUGCUAUGAGCCAAUGGUGAAGAUGGCUGGUGGGACACCUGUGUUUGUCUCGCUGCGACCGAAAGCUCCAAAAGAUGGAAAAUUGAUGUCUAGUGCAGACUGGCAGCUGGACCCAGCUGAACUGGCUUCUAAAUUCAGUGAGCGGACAAAAGCCAUCGUCCUGAACUCACCCAACAACCCUCUGGGCAAGGUGUUCAGCCGUGGGGAGCUGGAGCUCAUUGCAGAGCUGUGUGUGAAGCACGACGUGCUGUGCUUCAGCGACGAGGUGUACGAGUGGUUGGUGUAUGACGGGAAGGAACACAUCCGCAUCGCCAGCUUGCAAGGAAUGUGGGACCGCACAGUGAUGAUUGGCAGUGCUGGGAAGACCUUCAGUGCCACUGGAUGGAAGGUGGGCUGGACUGUGGGACCUGACAGGCUGAUGCAGCACGUCCGUACAGUGCACCAAAACUCAGUGUACCACUGUGCCACAGUUGCUCAGGAAGCUGUGUCUCAGGGUUUCCAGAGGGAGCUCAGCCUCUUUGGAAAACCAGACAGCUACUUUGUCCAGCUGCCCAAGAUGCUGCAGCAGAAGAGAGACCAGCUGGUCCAGAGCCUGGAUGCUGUGGGAAUGAAACCCAUCAUCCCUGAAGGCACCUAUUUCCUGGUGGCAGAUAUCUCCAAGUUCAAAUCUGAUGUCCCUGAUGACCCCAAAUCAGAUGAGCCCUAUGACUACAGAUUUGCAAAGUGGAUGGUUAAGAACAAGGGGCUUGCUGCCAUCCCACUCUCAGCUUUCUACAGUGAGGCUCACAAGAACAACUACAACAAUUACCUCAGGUUCUGCUUUGCAAAGGAGGAUGCUACACUGAAGGCAGCAAGUGACAUACUGCAAAAAUGGAAACAGGAGAAAAUCAGUUCCUGA